UCGAAAUACUCUAUGCUAUGCAUGAACCACGGAGGAAAUUUUGUGACAUUUGUCUUUGUACAUUAUAUAUGGAAGUUGAAAGCAAAAAAGGAAUAGCAGAAGCAGAGAAAAAAUGUAUAAGUCGAAGCUGCAAGAAUUGUGUCAAAACAAGAAAUGGGGACUUCCAAAAUACUGGUGUAUGAAAGAUGGAGCAGAGCACAACCCACAAUUCAAAGCUUCUGUGGUUGUGGAUGGCAUCAACUUUGACUCUCCAACUUUCUGCAAAUCAUCUAAAGAAGCCCACAAUGAAGCUGCUAAGUUUGCUUUCCUUCACUUUACUUUUGGUGGGUCACUUCCAACUAUGGAAGAUAGUGGAGUAACAAAAAUUGAGGAAGCAUGUCAAAAUCUGCGGGAUCAUCUAAUUACUUCUGAGAUCGAGCAAGUAAGUGUUUCACUUCCAACUAUAAAAGAUAGUGGACCAGCACAAAUUGAGCGAGCAUGCAAAAGUCAGCAGGAUAACCUAAACAUUUCUCAGAUCAAGCAAGAAGAUUCUCACUAUCAGUGCAAGAAGAAGCUGCAGAUGUACACAAAAAGAAAAAAACUUGGUGAACCUGUGUACCAUAGUAAAAGGAAGAGCUCAUCUCGUGAUCUUCAUAAUGAUCUUCACUUUGAGGCAACAGUGACUGUGGCUGGUGAAUUGUUCAAAAGUCCUGGAGCAUACAAGACUGCAGAGGAAGCAGAAGAUGCUGUUGCACAGCACGCAUUGAUGACACUAGUAACAGUUGCUUUUCAAAAGAGUAAUACCGGCAAUUACAAGAGUUUCCUUCAAGAACUGGCACAGCAUGAAGGACUUUGCUUGCCUGAAUAUAAAACAAUCAGGAUUGGUGAGCCUCACAAUCUAACAUUCUUCUCAAGUGUAGAAGUUGAAGGAGAAGUGUUUCAUGGGAAUGCUUCAAAGUCCAAGAAACAGGCAGAAGAAAAUGCUGCCAAGGUUGCUUAUAUGGCGUUAGCAAAAUGCAAAUCCUUCCAUGCUAGUGAUCCUUUAACUGUGUCCUCGGACUUGGAAGGUGAAAUUUUCAAAACUGAGGCUUGCUUGGAUUCACUGUCUAUUUCUCAUUCAGCUGCGACAUCAACUGUGAAAGAUGUUCACCAGCCUGAAGAAAGCAAAAAAAAGACUCAUCAGCUAGGUGACUCAACUAUAUCCUCGGAAACAAAGGAUGAGAAGCUCAAUCUUUCUCCUUGUGAAAGCUUGCUUUCCGUUGCUAAAAAGCGAGGAAACCCCACGGUUGGAUGUCCGCCAAAUUCAACUUCAGUUUUGAUGAGUUUUGAGGUGGAGGAUGAAGAAAAAGAAGAUGAAGAGAUGGUUCACUCUAAACAUGCAUCUGCACAGUCCAUAGGUGCUGAAAAGUUUAAUGCAUCUUCAUUUUUGCGGGGCGUGCAUGAGCUCAGUGUAAAUGAAAAUUCACCUUCUUCAAUGGAAUCAAUGGUCCAUUUGCCUAAAGAAACUAUAUCAUCAGCUGCAAUGGCACCAACCCAUUCCUCUACUGCGAAUGCAAAUUCUAGCGCGAGAAAGACUGCAGAAACCAAAAGGUACCUCCUUUGUAACAGGGUCAGAGUGUACAAAUCCAUUCCAGAUGAGGUCCCCAAGGGUACUAUUGUGCUUCCUAUUGGUGAAGAUAAGUGGGUUGUUGUUAACUUGGAAAUCCCCAAUGAGAAAGUGUAGCUAAUUUAAGUACUACAGUAGAGACAUGUUACUUACAUUUAUCCUCCUCUUAAACAUAGAGGCUAAACUAAAACAAGGAUGACUAUAGUUACUAUCUAUUUAAGGAACUUUUCUGUAAUAUUCUCUGAAACAUAAAGGUGCUGUUUUGGAAGUUAAGUUGGCUAUUAAUAUGAUAUAAACAGUUUAAGUCUU